AUUCUGCAGCUUCCUUCAGUACGCUGAAAAGCAUUGUACAACUAAAAGGUAUUCCAGACGAUAUGUUUUCUACACUCCUGCUCCUUAGCCUUUCAGCUACGGUAUGUCUAGCUGGUAUGGGCCCAUGUCCUACUCCUGAAGUGAUGAAGGACUUUGAACUAGAGAAGCUUGCUGGAACUUGGUAUGAAAUUGAAGGAACUGCUGGAGUGGACUUGCUUGCUAAAAGAUGCUCAAAAUACGUAUUGGAAAGCAAAGGCAAACUCAAGGCCAGCCUUCUUCAUAAAUAUGUAUCCGUUCUUACUGGCAAAUCUAAAUCUGAGUUUUCGGAGCUGAUUACCCCUAAAUCGUCUGAACCAGCAAAACUCCAGAUGAACCCUUUGAAGGGCACAGUUUUGGCCAGGAGGAAGCCUGUCUGGAUCAUAGAUACUGAUUAUGAAAACUACGUCCUUGGGUACUCUUGCGUUCACAAAGUGGUGUCUCAUACUGAGGAAGUAAAUAUUCUUGCUCGAACAAAGACUGUAGAUGACAAGGAAAUGAUGAAGUAUUAUGACAUUCUAAAGAAGAAAGAUAUUAACCAGAAGAGUCUGAUGAAGAUUGAUCAAGAACACAAGGACUGCGAAGAAUAAGUUUAAGAAAAAUCGCUAUUGGUCAUCCAAUUUAAAGCAAAUAAAUCAUUAAUUGAAGUAAUUAGUUUUGU